AUGGGGAAUUCUCAGAGCAAUUGCUUGACGUUGCCAUGUGGAGGCGAAUAUGAGGGAGAGCAAUGGCAACUCACUCCUCACGGUUCUGGAACGUGCCACUGGACAAAGGAAGGACGGAUGUACCAGGGCGAGUGGAAGAGAGGGAAGAUGGACGGACGUGGGAGGGAGACGUUCGAUCAUGGAAUGCAAUAUGACGGAGAGUGGAAAGAUGGCCUCCGGCAUGGCCAUGGUGAGGAGACAUGUCCGAUAGGAGGGUCCUACAAGGGCGGGUGGAGCGAGGGAAUGAGGCAUGGGGCAGGGAGACAGACUUGUCCUCUCGGAGGUUGCUACGAAGGAGAAUGGAAGAAAGGAAUGAGAGACGGCAAGGGAAAGGAACGCUUCUCCCAUGGUGGGUCCUACGAUGGACAGUGGAAAGAAGGGCUGAGGCAUGGUAAAGGAAUAGAAGAAUUAUCGUCUGGGAGGAUUUAUGAAGGAGAGUGGGCUGAUGGAAAACGCAAUGGUCAAGGAAUAGAAAUCAGACCGUCAGGCCGCCGGUACGAGGGGGAAUGGAGAGAGGACCACAAGGAUGGACACGGAAUCGAGAUACUUGCAGAUCUGACUCGCUUCGAUGGAGAUUGGCAGCAUGGGAAGAAACACGGCAAAGGCAAAAUU